GGCGGGAAGUCGGAAAGUGCCGAAGCCGCUCGGGUUGGAACCGAAGGGCGCCGAGGCCGCUCGGGUCGGAGCCGAAGGGAGCCGAAGGGCGCCGAGGGCGCUCGGGCGGAGCGCUGCGGCCGGCGGGGGAGGGCAGCGCGGCGCAGCGCCCCCUGGCGGCGGCGCGGCGGGGGAGGCGCACGAGCGGAGCCGAGCCCGAGCCCGAGCCCGAGGAGCGGCGGCGGCCGGCGGCCGUUCUUGAGGGAAAGGGCGGCCGGAGAGCAGGAAUGGAGGGGGAAAAACUGAUCUCUGCAACAGACACGCAGUAUUCUAACGCGCUCCUUCAGUCUUUGAAUGAACAACGUGGCCAUGGACUUUUUUGUGAUGUUACUGUCAUUGUGGAGGACCGGAAAUUUCGAGCUCACAGAAACAUUCUUUCUGCCUCAAGCACAUACUUUCACCAGCUUUUCUCAGUGGCAGGGCAAGUAGUUGAACUGAGCUUUGUAAGAGCCGAAAUCUUUGCAGAAAUACUUAACUAUAUGUAUAGUUCCAAAAUAAUCUCUGUCCGAUCUGACUUACUUGACGAAUUGAUUAAAUCAGGGCAACUGUUGGGUGUUAAAUUCAUAGCCGAUCUGUGCGUACCUCCUUCUGAAGGAAAAAGCACGUCAAACGAGGUGAAAGAUGCUGCUUCAGAAACUUCAACUUCUAGCCCCACUCAAAAGGAUGCUGAAACACAAGUACCUGCAAUCAGGCAAGAGAGUGGGGAUGUACUGGGGGGGAUGCCGGUUAUAACUGAAUCGUUUUCCCUGCAUGGAAUAUCAUAUGAGACUGCAAAAAUAACAGUGAGCGACUCAGAUGAUGAUGAUGAUGUCAUUUUUUGCUCUGAGCUCGUUCCCCCAAAAGAAUGUACUAAAGAUACUAGUGCUGCAACCCACAACCAACCUUGCUCAAAUGCAGCUGGAGUGUCUGACCAAAAAUCAUGUGGCAGUGGUGGCUCCCCACUAUUGACUAGCCCCACAGCAACUCAAAAACUCUCUUCCUCUGCUAACCAGCUGAAUCCAAAACAAAUACAAUCAAGUGCAGAAUCCCUUGUCUCUGCAACACCACAGCAUUUGACACCUGAGAUUAUUUUGCUGAAUCGGCCUCCAGUGAAUGCAUCACCCACUGUUAGCUCCUCAAAUCAAACACAUGUGACCCCUACGAUUAAUUUGGUUGAGGAGAACCAGAAGCCAUCUAACAACAGUUCCUCAGCUGAAACAGAAACAACUGCUGUUGAUGAUGUAGAAGAGGUGGUUGAAGAUGACGACGAUGUCAUUAGCUCCUCUAGUCCUGGUUCAGUCAGCAGUAGCUCUUUGGUUCAGCAGCCUGCUGCAUCCAAGACUGCAGCCUCUGAAGGAUCAGGUGUACAGAAAAAACAGGUUGUUACGUUUUCACAAGAGCCAUCUUCUAAGCCUGGAGAAUUUAAAAUAAAAAUCUCAGAUGUCCUUACUGGAAACAAUAGGGAAUUCAGUGCAGGCAUUGCACCAAAACAUGUGGUGGAAGGGCAGAAAAUCAUAACGUUAGAUACAGCCACUGAAAUAGAAGGCUUAUCCACAGGCUGUAAGGUCUAUGCAAACAUUGGUGAGGACACCUAUGACAUAGUCAUUCCUGUAAAGGAUGAUCCCGAAGAAGGAGAAGCCAAGCGUGAUGAAACGCCCAAAACAUCUGGUGAUGAUUCUCCAGGCAGGAAACGCAUGAAAGUUAAGCAUGAUGACCACUACGAGCUGAUAGUGGAUGGAAGGGUCUACUACAUCUGCAUUGUAUGUAAGAGAUCAUACGUGUGUCUGACGAGUUUACGGAGACAUUUUAACGUUCAUUCCUGGGAGAAGAAGUACCCAUGCCGAUACUGUGACAAGGUUUUCCCUCUCGCAGAAUACCGUACGAAGCAUGAAAUCCACCACACUGGCGAGCGGAGGUACCAGUGCUUGACAUGUGGCAAGUCUUUCAUCAACUACCAAAUCAUGGCCUCGCACAUAAGAUCAGUUCAUAGCCAAGACCCUUCUGGAGACACCAAGCUUUACCGAUUGCAUCCUUGCAGGUCUUUGCAGAUCAGACAGUAUGCGUACAUUACGGAUCGUUCAAGCAGCAUACCAGUAUUAAAUGAGAAUGGAAUUGUUUAUCGUGUUGACACAGGAAAGGAGGGCACCGAAGGAACAACAUCGAAUCCUCCAGCCAAACAAAUGACCUGGGAUGAUAUUUUCAUUCCACAGGGAAACGAAGCAAUUUUUAAACAAAAUCAAUCAGAGGGUAGCACUGAAUUUGAGUUUGUAAUACCAGAAUCUUACUGAAAUGCAUGAAAUGCUGGAAAAGGGCUUCAGUGCAGAAACACUGCAGCUGUUUUAAAUGAACUGUUAAAAUAAUUGCAGAACAAAUUGUUAAAGUGAAAACAAGUUAACUUGUUCUACCAAGUCACCAAAUGGUAGCACUUAGAUGGAUCAUUAGUAGCUGAAAGCAAUUUGUGGAAGCAAUUCAUUGGAAAGUUUACUUGAAUACAGAUUAACACAUUUUCAAGGAGCUAGCAGUGUUUGCUAGUAUGUUAAUUUUGAUCAAAUCGUGGGGAUUCGUAGCUUGAAAAAGGUACAGUUUGUUCUAAAGAACUAGAGAUCUAAAGUAAUUUCUAAAGUAAUUGAUGUAUUUCCUAUACCCACACUUCUUAUGUAAACCCUUUCUUUCAUGGUAGAACUUCAAUGCUGAACUGUGUUUAAACAUUAACCAAGAAAACAGUAAAAGUAUUCAUCAUAGUCUCUUGAAUGUGGAACCAUUUAAAAAAAUAAUCCCACAACUCAUUUUAUUUUUCUGAGCAAUGCAUUACUGCAAGGGUCCAGAGUUUUUUUGGUUUUGUUUUUUUUUUUUUUUGCUAUCUGAAGGCUUUGAAAUUUGCUUCUUAAAACUGAGAAAUAACCCAAGUGCUGCGUCAGCUUAGCACUGAGACUGCAGAGGAUAUUGUAUGUCUAUUUGGCUAGAUUUUUAAUUUUAAAAAUUUAAAAAUUUUUAAAUUAAAAACAAUUUUUUUAUUUUUUUCCCACUUAUAGAAUUAGUGUAACCAUGUAAAAAUGAUGAACCAACAAUCAAAAAAUACCCCUCAUCCCUCAUAGUCCACAGUGUAAUUCCUCUACAGCUGCCUAGUUGUUAUCUGUUUUCAGUUUCAGGUUUGUUAUAUUGCCCCUUUUUUUCUCCUUGCACUUGGUACAUUUUAUGACUCCUAGGAGAUGAUCCAAGAAGUCCAGCCUGAACAGAAAACAGUAGAUCUGAGGAAAACAACUGUUUACUGUAGUUUAGCACAUCAGAUUUAGUGACUUCUUGAAUUUCUGUAAAUGGUAAUAUGAAAACUGCACAGAAAUUCUAGUGAUGACUGACUGAGCAAGGUUGUUUUGCAUAGUGCUAGUUAGUUAUUGUAAACUUUCAUUGCUUAAAUUACAGCUAAAAGUUUUUCUUCUCCUGUUUCAGAGAAGCGUUUUGGUCCUACAACCUUCAAAGAUUUUAGGCAUCCGGUAUUCCUGACAGAAAGAUAUUUAACUGAUAAAUGGUUCAAAUACAACUGGAGCUAUAAAAAAGGGUACCAGAAAUGCAUAACGAUGGGAGAAAGAGAAUGUUUACGUUUUUUGUGUAAUACUCAAUGCUUCUGUUUUGUAGGCCAAAAAUUAUAUACGUGGUUAUUUCCCAGAUCAUGUUGCGAAUGCCUUUGAGUAUAACAGGAUAUGCUUUCAAAUGUUACAGGUUGGAUGUAGUCUGAGAUGGUAUUGCAGCAGCCACAUGUAAUCCUCAUAAGGAGUAAGUAUUGAUUGCUUGACGUAGCUGGCUGCAUGCUGUGUAGAAAUUUCAUGAACUUUUGGUCAUAAAAAUGUGAUCAUUUUGUUGUUGACAUGACACACAGAGAAUUAAGGAUACACUGAAAAGUGUGCGUUCAGUGAUAAAAAAUAAUGGCUAUCAAUAUUUGCUGCUGAUAUAUUUAAACCUUAAAUUAAACUGUGCCUACUGAAGGUCUCUCUUUGGAGGAAAACUGGAAAAUUAGGGCUUUGUAACUGUAUUUUUGCUAGAAGACUCGUGCUUGCAUGUGUCUCAGGUUCUUCAGUUUUCCUUGGAAGUGAUUUUUGAUAUCCAAAGUCCAGAGGUCAUGUAGAGCAUUUUUUAAUUUUACUUCCAAUAUUUAUUCAUUUGGAAACAUGUUAGAUCCUUCCUCUUUAAACUUUAUGGGGCCAUGAGCUUUUAUAUUUAGAUUUCUGGCUAUUGCACUUAUAUUUGUUCAUUUGUUUUUAAACAUUUAACUUCCACUUUAACUUAAUGAAAAACCUUAUGUAAAUAUUAAGAAAUUGGCUUUGGGGUAAUGAGUGAAAAAGUUGGAAUCUGAAAAAGCAUUUAUAUAAAAAUUAACAAUUUCAACAGAGUGCUAGAAAACCUCACAGUCAUUUAUACACGUAUAAAAACAUUAACAGAUCUGCUGCAAAAUGUAAUGAUGGUGGUUACAUCCUCACUGUAUGGUUUCUUUGGAGAUUCAUCCUAUAGCAUUCCAGUAUACGAAUAAAAUAAAAAACAAAAAAAUCACCUGCUUAUUUAUUUUGUACUGUUAAGGCAUGCAGCUUAGAAAAAGAUGCAGAAGCUGACAACUAUAUACAUUGAACAUUGAGUUCUACACCUGUUACCUAUGAACUGUUCCAUGUGAAAAAUCAAUAAUUUUUGCCAGAUCUGUAUAUACUUGUAUAGUCUUUCUUUAACAUACUUUUUAAAGUUGUGUUCCACUUUUCAUUAAUCAAUACUUGGUAUUAGUUCUUAGAGCUUUCUAUGGCAAAAAAUAAAAAGUUUAAUUCCA